AUGGAUUCGCGUCGAGUCCCGACCUAUUUCGCUUUUUUUUCGACGCCAUUCGCACUUUUUGGCUUGUCGCAAAAGGCGAUUCGCGUUUGGAAUAACUCGCAGACAAUAUUGAUGUAGAGGAUCAAAUUAUCAGAUAUUUCCGGAACGUUGAUAAAAUUUAUAUCCAUAUUAACUGAGAAACGACAAAUAUAUACAAUUGUGGGAGCUAUUUUUUUAACUGAUUUUUGGGUUCUAACACAUGUCAUGCAAUCUAUGAUUUUCGAAAAAAUUUUUGCACUUUUCCUUCGGGAACGUCUCUGUCGGACCCAUAAAUUUUUUCGGACAGACAGCGUUCUUUUGCUUGAUAUCAAUUUGGGAUAUCCAGUUUUCUUUGUCGGCGCCGGCUUGCGAUUACGCGAAAAAGACUUUAGGGUUGCCUGUUGACGUUUCGAAAUGACAGGAAGUCAAGGAAAAUCUGUAAAUUUGCAAUUUUUAUCAUGAAGAAACAUUGAAUACUAGGAAGUUCAUUUAAUUGAAGUUUAUAAAGUUCAUUUUGUUGAAUUUCUCAUUGCGUUCUCAAUGAUAUAAUCUUGAGUUAACUUGAGUCUCAACGGCAGUGAGAACUGAGAUUUAGACGUAAGGUUUCAGAAUCCGCUCGUAAAAACUCCAGAAAUACACAUUUUCAUAUUUAAUGAAAUAUACUCUCUGAUUAGUUUUCGUCGAACUUGCGAUAUUUUCAAGCUGUUCCAAAUUUUUUUUUUUCCUUGAUAGAUCGAAAAAAGAGGAUUUUCAGAGUGCCGGAGUUAGACCCGACCGCGUAUGGCCUGUCGCUCUCAGAUGACGUCAAGUCUGGAUUUUCACUGAACGAUCUCGCCGAACAGCUUCGGCUGAUUUACUGCGGUCCGAUGGCCGUCGAGUUCAUGCAUAUCAACGUUUGUCGCGAAUGAGCUUUAUCAUCGUGGGUGGUCGGAUUGCAGAACUGGGAGGAACGGCAGUGGCUAGCGCAGCGCUUCGAAAGUUCCGUCGCCGAAGAACUGCGGCAAGAGGAGCUGCUCCACAUCGGGAAGCUCAUGCUCCGUUGCGAAGUGAGGGCUUUCAAAAUCUCUAGAAAUGGAUUUGAAAAUAAUCGACUUAGAGAAGAUUCAUUGAAGCUGAUAGUCAGUGAAUCCUUUUUUAUUUAUAGAAAAGGGAGUUUUUGGGAUGGCUUUCAGAAACUCGAUCUCAAUUUAUUUCUCUUCAGAACUUUGAUCGUUUCCUUGCUUUGAAAUUCCCGACGCUCAAACGGUAUGGCGCCGAAGGAGCGGAAAGCAUGUUCGGCUUCUUCUCGGAGUUGUUCGAAACGUCUCCGGAGCAUAAUAUUGAACAGGUGUGAAGUGAAUAGAAAACCAAACAUCUCGAAAUUCUGGAGGUUGUUAUUGGAAUCGCCCAUCGCGGACGUCUGAACUUGCUGACUCAGCUAAUGCAGUUUCCCGUUCUCCAAAUGUUCAGAAAGGUUGACAUCAAAGUAAAAAAAGACAAGAAAAAUCGAGUGAUUUUAAGAUAAAAGGAAAGCCAGAGUUCCCGAAUGAUGUUUCGGGCUCCGGUGACGUCUUGUCGCAUUUGGGUAUGUUUCGAAGAAGACAGUGGGAAGUGAGAGAGUUAAAAACAGACAAAUUUGAAAGUUUUGCCCAAUGGUUUUCAAAUUUAGUGAGUAUAGCAGUAAAGUAUAAGUUGGGAAGCAAAGACUUGUAUAAAGAAAGAAAAAGUAUAUUUAAAAUUUUCUGCGUAAAAGUUUAUUUCCUUCAUCCUCGAGUUUCAGUUUCAUCGUUCGAUUACAAAGGAAAGGAAGGACAGGUACACGUGACGAUGUUGCCCAAUCCGUCGCACUUGGAAGCCGUCAACCCUGUGGCAAUGGGAAAAGCUCGUGCCAGAGCAUGGUUCAUUCGAAAAAGAAGUUCCGAGCUUUACCUUGAAAGUCAGGUCGAUGAAACAGGGCGACUACAGCGCCGAGGAACGGUCGGCUCGUACUGGCGACUCGGUUCUGAAUGUUCUGAUCCACGGCGACGGCGCUUUCACCGGCCAAGGCAUUGUGUGGGAGUCGCUGGCCCUGAGUCGAGCUCCUCACUUCCGACUCGGCGGAACCGUCCAUCUCGUCACCAAUAACCAAGUCGCCUUCACGGCCGAGUCUUGCAUUGGAAGGUCGACCACUCAUUGCACUGGUACUCUUCAUCAACAGAUCUCAGAACAAUUUCUGACCUUUUAGACAUCGCGAAGGCUUUUGAAUACCCUGUAAUCCAUGUCAAUGGAGAUCAUCCUGAGGUUCUUUGGAACUUUGAAAUCAACCAUAUAAUUUCUUUCAUAGGAGUUAGUGAAGGCAACUAGGAUCGCUCUGGCUUAUCGAGAAAAGUUCCGUAAGGACAUUUUCAUCAAUCUCGUGUGCUUCCGACGUUGGGGUCACAACGAACUUGAUGAUCCAACUUUCACGUCUCCUGUUAUGUAUAAAGUUAGUAGAGAGAUGGACUCUUAAUAUGUUUCGGCUAGGAAAUUGAAUCGCGAGAAUCGGUGCCUCGACUUUUCAUGGACCGUUUGAUUUCUGAAGGGAUCACGACGGAGGAAGAUAUCAAGAAAGAUUUAGACAAACAGACGGAAGAACUCAACGUGACGUUGAAAUCGGUCGAUAAAUCGCAACCAGAGUUAGAAACAAAAACUUUUUUUUUUGGUCGCAACUUCAAUAUUUGAGAGUGACUCAUCUACAAGGCAACUGGAAAGGAUUUGUCCAAGCCCCUUCGAGUGUAGAAAGAUGGGAUACGGGAGUCGACGUGGACCUUCUCCGGUUCGUAGGCGCGGCUAGUGUUCACUUCCCAGAUAACUUUGUGGGUUACCGUAAAUAUAAAAAUGAAGGUCGAAUUCAAAUGUUAAGGACUCGCACAAGCAUCUCCAGAAAACGCACAUUGAAGCACGACUGAACAAAAUGAAGAGCGGCGAGAACAUCGACUGGGCGACGGCCGAGGCCUUGGCCUUCGGAAGUGUUCUCCUACAAGGAAACGAUGUCCGCAUCAGUGGCCAGGACGUCGGUCGUGGCACUUUCUGCCACAGGUAGUAUUGGACGAGUUACUUCAGAAAAAAAGAUGCAAACGGCUGUCAAAAAAUCAUGAUUAGAUAACUUUUGUGAGAAAUGUUCCUCUAGAGAUCUUUUAUGCACUUUAUAAUCUAUCAUCUCAGGAGUUUAGACAUGCGAUGUUCGUCGACCAAUCCAGCGAUAAAAUUCAUAUUCCAUUGAAUCACAUCAUCGAGGGGCAGAAGAAUUACCUGGAAGUGAAUUCUCAAAUUCAAAACUGCUUUUUCAACUAAAAACUUGAGGUCGCGAAUAAUCUGCUGUCAGAGGAAGCCAUUCUUGGCUUUGAGUGGGGCUUUUCGUCUGAGAAUCCUCGACGGCUCUGCAUCUGGGAGGCUCAGUUCGGCGAUUUCUUCAAUGGAGCUCAGAUCAUCAUCGAUACUUUCAUUGCAAGUGGAGAAAGUGACAGGAUUUGAGUGCUAUAAAGUGGGCAACAUGAGUUUUGAGGCAAGUGGCUGACACAGUCCGGCCUGACGCUUCUCUUGCCUCACGGUUAUGACGGCGCCGGUCCAGAACACAGCAGUUGUCGCAUGGAACGGUUGGUUCUAGUUCAUUCCACGUUUGGUCUUGACUUUCACUGGAAAAGUCUUCGAUAUUCGAACGAUAAUAGUUAAUCAUUUAUUUUUCUAGCAUCUCAAAAAACCUACAAAACUCUUCAAUUCAUUAGAGCAAGUUCUUCAUUGGUUAGUUUUUCUGGACACGGCGCAAAAAAAACUAGAAUCUUCAGGGAUCUUUUCUUUAAAAAAUUGUUUGAACUGUUCAAUGUUUUUUUUGUGAAAAAAGUCCAAGAAAUUAUCGGCCAAUUUUUAGAAAGUUUCAUUCUUCUGAGAGUAGGAAGAUAUUCCUUUCUGAGAAGACGAACGAAAAGGAAGAUUUCAAUUGGUAGUGUCUUUUAGGUUCUUGCAAAUGUGUGAUUCGCGAGAAGACCAGAAGCCAGUGGACGGCGAAGACGUGAACAUUCGGAUCGCCAACCCGACGACCAGCGCCCAGUACUUCCAUCUUCUCCGCCGUCAAGUUCAGAACCCCUGCUUUCCUCCUGCUCAAAAAAAAUUCUCAGGUGCUGCCAAACUACCGAAAGCCUUUGGUGGUCGUCGCGCCAAAGAUUCUGCUCCGGCAUCCCAAGGUCGGAAGCUCAUAAAGUAUUUAGCGCCUUUUGUUGUUGCCGCCUUGGCGAAACGAACAGCUGCCGACGUUCUUUGCUUUCGGCGACGACGUCGAAUGAAUUGCAGGCGGCAUCUUCAAUUGUCGACUUCGCUCCCGGAACGUUUUUCAAGAAUGUGAUCGACGACGACGCGUGUGUUGCUGAUAAAGUCACUAAAGUGAGCGGAUGAACAUCAGAACUUGUUCAGAAACAGAAUCGAGAAAAAGUUGAUGUUUUAGUUAGGAGUAUGCCGUACUCAUUUCUAUUUUUUAUUUUAAUUUGUUUCCAUAAAAGACAGUUUUAUGCCCCAAUUUUUCUUUUGAUGAGUUAGUUUCCGAGUGAUAUAACUUGAUAAUAAGUGCAAAAAAAGUCUUGAAAUUAGGGAAUAUGUUUAUAGCCUUUCCAAAACAUUUUGGUACGCUGGAAGUCUAAGUGUAGUGCGAAUUUGUACCCGUAGACUCAUGAAAACGCGGAAAUCAGAUGAAAAUUGGCAGGACAAAGGAACGUCGGUCGAUAUCACGAGUUCAGAUCGUCUUCACGAGUGGCAAGCACUGGACGGCCGUCGACAAGGCGCGCGAAGAACGAAAUCUGCGAGAAACGGUGGCAGUGGUCCGCCUCGAGUCGUUGUGUCCGUUCCCCGUGGCAGACCUCCAGCAGGUCCUCAAGAAGUAUCCCAAAGCCAAAGGUAUUGAAGUUAUUAUCAUAACUAGUAAAGCUAUGGGUUCUAAAAACAAAUUACUGUCAUUUUGAUCGACUUUCUGAACACUUCAUCUCAUUUAAAAGCUCCCUGACUAAAUUUAUGGACGAACUCGGAAACUCGCUAACUUACCUUAUAUGUCGAAUAGACCUGCUUCCUGAAGAGCCGAUGGACAGCCGGCACUUAACUUCCCCAAGUGGCCAUGAACGUCAACACGCGUCAUAUGUCGAUCCAAUACACUUUUAUCUAACAGCUGCCUACAGUUCCUCGGCGCAUAUAUAAUAUUUGCACUAUUAUGCAUGGAUUACGGCGCCGUAAAGGGUCACGCAACCACUGCAUUUGGCAAUCGUGUCCACUCCUGGGCUUAAUUAUUUUUUCCUGUUUUUGAAAUGGUUUGGUCAAAAACAAGUUCGUUACGACCCCUCACUGAAUGUUUUUACAGAUUCGGUUGAACUUCUGUUGAGAAUACUGCUAAAACCUCUGGGCUUGUAAAUGUUUACAACUAGUUAAAAUAGUACAAGUCGAACAAGAGCGAAAUGGCCUCAUGCGCGAUAUUUCAGGAAAGAAAAAAAAAUGAAAUUACUAUCAUCAAUUGGAAUUUUUUAUAUAGCAAUAAUAUAUACUAAAAUCAGACACCGUUUUUGAUAAAAAAGUAAAAGUAAACUUUUGAAAAAAGGAAAGAUUUGACGUGGUCUACAAAGUUGGUUCCCCAUCAAUCUGAAUUCGUAGUGGUGCGUCAAGAACAGGCAGUAGCCUUGAAUUCCGAGUCAGUUAGAUCGUCCCUCAAUUAAUCGCGAACUUUGUUACCGAUGGGUGGAAGCCGAAGAGAAAUGAUGUAGUGAGUGGAGAUUGGUGGGAACGAAGCAAUAAACAACAUGUGGAGGACCACCACGUUCCGAGUGACUCUGUGAACGCUGUUAACACGCAUUGUCCUUCAACUAGGCCGGAUUUAUGAGCUCUCCGGUGUGUUUCGACUCUGUGCGGCCGAAUUUGAAAAAAAAGAUUCAAAGGACUUUUUUAAUUGCGCUUUUUCAGAAUUCGUUUGGUCGCAGGAGGAGCCGAGAAACGCUGGAGCGUGGCCUUUCGUCAGUCGACGUUUCGAGAACGCCGUCGGCAUUUCGGUGAGUAGAAAAUAUUUGGAUGAGUUACAACAAAAUUAAAUGAGAAAUAAAAUAUUUUUUUCUUUCAGUGUGAGAACGGCCCCUCAUAGAAAAAAAGAGAAAAGUUUUAAAAUUAAAAAUUUUUUUAGAAGCCCGCUCUUCAAAAAAAUUUUUUUAGGUUUGGCUAUUGUUUCAAAAAGGUUAUACUAUGCAGAUCUUCUUUUCUUUUAGCGACAAACAUGCAAAUUUUAGAAAGCCAUUUGUUUAAAUCAUGUGAAACUGGAAUUUCACAAUUUUGCAUGAUGAACGAAACUUUUUCAAUAGCAAAGAAUUCGAUUCAAAAAACGAGCUGUUUUUUUCCAUUGUUUUGUCGAACUGCGAGUCUUUCUUUUUUGAAAUUGGUAGAGCUGAAAAUAUUUCCGAUGAACUUUAACUUCUUUUUUUCGAUAAAAAAAAGUCUUUGAGUAUAUUUAUACUGGUGUCUCUUCCCGUAGAAAUAAUCUGAGGAACUUGAUCCUCGACACGUGCGACAGUAACACCUGAGAUGACCUCUCGCGCACAUGCUCGCCCCUAUGAUUUGGUUGCAGCUGUCGUACGCGGGCCGGCCGGAGCUCGCCUGGACCGCCACCGCCAUAGGCGAGCAUCACGCCAAGGAAGUCGAAGACGUCAUCCGUCAGAUCUUCCCUUGA